UUUCGGUUGUUGUGUAAAGAAGGUCUUUUUGUCGCGAAGGCCGGCGGCGGUCGAGCCUGUACACCAACUCGCUUUUCUUUUCUCAUAGACAACAAACAGCGGCAAUUUCGGAACCUGUUCACUCUCACCAAACUGUUUUGCGUGCUCCGAGUGCUGGUCACCCUGGAGCAAAACACGAUCCAUACCGAAGCUGUUUUUUGUGAACCUUCCGAGAUCCUGUGCUACUUACAGGCCUCCUUUUUCCCGCUGCGAGUGGAAACACACCGUGGGUGACGAGGAGUGACUGAAGCGGCAUUCAGCAACUGGAGAGGAUGGACGUUUUCGUAGACGGAGGCAUCGAAUCUUUUGCUGCUUCUAUCAAUCAGACGUUCCAGCUUUUUUCCGUUCCGCGAGACUCUGCUACCUACUUCGUUCGUGCUUUCUGAGGGAAAGCCGCUUCCUCUUCUUGUUUGCGACUUUCUAUUUUUGGAGCUAAACGCGUUUGCACCGUCCCGCAUUCCCGACACCUGCUGCUCAUUUUUCACCGUUUCGCCGUUGUUUUGUGCUCAACUCCGCCACCGAUUUUCUUCGUCGACCCUUUCUCGUCCUUCGCCUGCAUGUGCUACUCCUGACUCUCGAGUUUCUCGACCGCUUAGAAAGGCAACAAAACGGAACACGGUUUUGGACGGUUCCACAUUGGCACUUGCGUAGUGGAAAAGCGAUCACUUUCAGGUCCGUUUUGAACCGUCUUCGAAGAGGUGCUCGACGGAGUCCUUCGAUGUCUCUUUCCUUUUAACCACGCGGGAUUCCUUAUUGAAGGAAAAUACUCCGUGUUGCGUUCUUCCUCCACGACAGCGGUUUCGAGCCAGACGGUCUUCUGUGUACACGCAGCACGAACUGCAAGUGCAAUAGCCAGAGCAACCGCACUUCUGAUGCACUUGACGGAUUGCAUUCCCGCAGCCAUCUGCUGUUCGUGUGAGGUUACGAACCUGCGUUGCCCCUCGUUUCCGUUGGGAUGGGCUGGUUUAAAAUGGGCCUCUUCUCUGCUCCAUCGAGCGCAUGCGUUGCCGCCUCCCAUUCCACUUCUGUCCACGCUUCGUGAAGUGCACUGCCAUCGUCCUUCUGCUUUCUAGUCUGAACGGUGUGCUCCCCUCCGGCCACCCUCGACAUUCGGUCGGACAUCUGCGGUCUCAGGUCACAGUUGCAAAUCAAAGUCUGCGACCUUGACACCAAAGGGUGGAAACCGCGCUCGCGUCCUGUUUCUUUUCUCAUCCAGUUGUUUGCGCCUGGUCUGGUCUGUGCGGUGUAUGUACACCUCCGGUUGACCUGUCGCCUGCGGCAGCGCCACAAAACCCUUCAGUUUUUUGUGUCUCGGACUUUUUCUAGCAGCAGGCAACAAUUGCCGCCGGCCUCUUUUCCGAGUUUGUGUGCUUCUCCCAGCAAAGAAUGGACGACUUCAGUCCGGGUCGCAGGAGCCCCCGAGGGAUAUCGCGGGAGGCCGCUGACCGGCGGCGCGGAUCGCCGCGGUGGCCGAGCAGGGACAGGGAGGAGAGGAGGUCUCCGUGGCGCUCUUCAUCGUCUCGCGGCAGGGGCGAGGAGAUCUUCCCCAGCCGCGGCGGAGUGCGCAGAGAAGGCGCCUCUCCAGAACCGAAGUCGGGGAGAGACCUGCCCCGCGCGAACAGCGUGCAGCGCGACGACGAGCUCGCGAGCAGGCGGCGGGCGUCGGGCCGUAGAGACUCCCGAGAAGGAGUCGGAAGAGACAGAAGGACCUCGACGCAGCGGGACGCGCGAGGACCGCUGUCCCCGCCGUACGGGUCGCAGCGCCGCUUCGAGCGCAGGUCGCCGUCGCCGUACAGAGGCGGCGAGAGGGAGGCUCGUUCGCGAGGCGAGAACGACCGGAAGCGGGGUCGGUCGCGAGAGAGCAGUGAAGGCGGUCGACAGGUCCGGCGGGAGAGUCGGCGCAUCGAGGAAGGCGAGGAAGGAGGCUUCUCUCACUUUGGCUACCGCGGCGACGAAGGCAGGCGCGACGAGCCCAGGGGGGACCGUGGUGGGCGGGGCGGAGAGGACUGGAGACGAGAAGACCCGGGAAGAAGAGUUCUGAGCGAGAGAGACGAGGAGUUCGCGAGUCGAGACAACGGCGCCGGAAGAGACCGCGAAGCGCGGGAGACAGAUGAGAGAGAGUCCUCGCUGUCUCGCCCACUGCCGCGAGACAAAAGGUCCCGAGACGACUCCAGCGAGCGCCGCGAGGAUCGACAAGGCUCCCGGCGCGGCACCGUCGCCUCUCUCGAAGAUCGCAGCCGGCGGAGAGUCAGCCGUUCUCCGGGCCAAGGGAAAGAAAAGCAGGAACGGGGCAGUCUCUCUUCUUUUUACUCGGUUCGAGAGAGAGAGGAGAGAGAGGGAAGAGAGGAGCGAGAAGAGAAGGGGGAGAGAGGCAGCGAGAAGGCGGACGAGCUUCCACGCGGGGAGAGGAGGGGAGGAAGCGUCGCAGAAGCUUCGCGAAGAGCUGAGGGGGAGAAAGACCGCUUCAGUGGCGGGCGAGAGGAAACCUCCAGGAGACGAGAGUCGCCUACCGGCAGGCGAAGGCUCUCCAGCGACUCCCUCAGGCUUCCAGAGACAGGCAGAGACAGAAGCAGCGACUCCAUUGGCGAGCGAGGAAGACGGUCACCUCCGCGAGGGAAGGACGACCGAGAUGAACCCAGACGAGAAGAUGAUAGCGGACGCGGUGACAAUCCGCCCGUGGGCCGGAGAGAGAGAAGCGGAAGUGCGCAGAAGAAUGAGGCCAGGCGAAGCGCGACUCGAGAAGAAGAGAGAACCAAGACCCGCAGAAACCGCGUCUCGUCUCUCUCGCCCGAGACCGACAAAGGAGAACCCGCGAGUGUGUCGUUCCAGGAAGCUGGGAAGAAGCCCCCUAGACGCCUUCCGUUGCCGCCUCCGCCUCUCGUUUCGCGAGGAGGGCGAGGCGAACGCGACGGGGAGGAGGACAAGGCGGGACCCAGGCCUCGACGCGGAAGCGAAGACAACUCGAGAGAAAACCAUAAGCGAAUGGACGACCGAAACCGCGACCACGCUCCUCAGUCGCCGGUGGCGGCCCGGCGACGCCAGACGUCCUUUUGUCUGCGUAUUGAGAAUCUGCCUUCGUCCCCAUCGCGGUCGGAGAUAGCGGACCUUCUCCGCGACUGCUGUGGUAUUCGCGUCCCGAUAGACAUGGUGGAACUCUUCCCCGCAGACGCCCGCGCCGUGGUGUAUCUACAAUCUCAGCAACAGGCGGAGAGUGCGCAGUACAGGCUCCACCGGCGGACGCUGAGGAACUGCCGCUUAGACGUUUUCCUGGGAGACCGGGCCGCAGGGCGAGACAGCCGAGACGACGACAUCCCGCAGAGAGACAAAGCUCGCGAAGACUCGAGGGGCUCGCGGUCUCCGCGGCGCCGCGGCGCUUCUCCAGGACGGGGCGAGGAGGCACGGGAGAGGUGCGCGUCUCCGGCGGGGUCCUCAUUUCGCAUUUUGCGUCCGCGCUCGCCCCCGGGGCCGACGGGCGGCCGGGCUUCGUCUCCGGUUCGCCGGGGCCGCCGGUCCCCGCCGCGCCCUUUGAUCAUCCGACCCGGGCCCAGCGGCGGGGCCUUCCCUGGGGGCAUCGAGGUCCUCCCCACGGAUUUCGCCCGCGGAGACAGAAGAAGGGACGAGGACGAUGAGCGGCGCGGACAGAGAGGCGCGGACCGACGAGGGUACGGCCGGGGGUCGCUGUCUCCUCGAGGAAGGUCGGCGUGUGGCGCCCGAGAAGCUGGCAGCUCACGGUCUCCAAAGAGAAGAAGAAGAGACGAGGACCUUUCCAGCGACAGCCGCAGGCGCCGCACCAGUCGCUCGCUUUCACGGUCACCCAUGAACGGCGACGACAAGGGCCCGGGACUAGACCGAGGGAGGACCCGAGACGACAGAUCAGCCUCCCGAGAAGGCAGAAAGGCGUCAGUUUCGCAGUCGUCACGACGUGGCAGAGAGGCCGGCGAGAAGGAGAAAGGAGAGAAGGGAUCGUCCCUCUCGCCUGAAGGACGAGGCGGGAGACUGAGCUCCAGCAGGCCCUACACGGGCCCAGAGGAGACCUCCCGGGAGCCGAAGGCUGGCGCGUGCUCAAAUCUUGGGCCGCGUCCGCGGUCGCGCUCCCCGCCCCAAGGAGGUUCGCGCCGCUUCGGGGGCCUCGGCGGGCCUCACGGGUCGACGCCAGGCAUCUCCAUUCGCCUCGCUGGGCGAGGAGGCUCGUCUCGGGACUACAUGGACGGCAGAGGCCCCGGAAGUGGGGGCCGAGGCAGGUCGCCGUCCCCUCAUUCCAGGCGACGAGGCGGCUCGCCUCGGCGGGGCUGGAGGCCCCCGGCGCCCCGCUUCGGACUGGGCUCCGUGAGUCGGUCUCGGUCGCGGGCAUCGCACUCGCUGACAGCGUCAGAGAAGAGCGACAGGCGCGAGCGUGACGAAGACACGAAGGGCGAGAAGCGGAGAGACAGCGUGGUGGACGGGAAGUCCCGGCGACGGUCGCUGAGCCGGCGGUCGCAGGAGCGCGAGGGUGGCGCGAGGAGCGACACUGACGAGCGAAACAAGGCCCGGGGCCCGUCGCCCCUUAACCGCGAGAGGGCCAGCGACGUGCCCGGCGGCGAAAGGAGACAGGAGCGAGACCGGAGCUCUGGGCGUCUGGGAGCCGAGAGACGCGACAGAAGCGUCAAGCAGAAUCCGCAAGAAAAAGCCAUGCUGCGGCUUCACGAGCGAGGAAGGUGCACACCCUGCAGACAGAUCAUCAAGGGCCUCGAGUGCUUUCGAAUCUCCACCUGUCCCUACUGCCACCAUGCGGAACACGACCCUAUGUACAACCGCCCAGGCGUUGAGGAACCCGAGCUGGAGGCGUCUUCGCUCCUUUCGCUAGCCUCCGCGGGGCUGCAGGCACUCCGAGACGGCGUGGAUGCAGGCGCGGGGCAGCAGGGCGAGGAAGAGAGCCGUCCACGAGGUCGAUCUGCGUCUUUGUCUCCGUCGGCAAAGUCACAGACAAAACCUGGCGGAGGCAACUCCGCGCUGUCUCCGAUGGUCCUAAAACAGCAUCUGGCCGGGACGUGCCUGCCGUGCUCGGAGUACAAGCAGGACCGAUGCCGGCGCGGAGACAGCUGUCCCUUCUGCCACCACAGCGAUCACUUGCCGAAGGGCGAGAAGGCGAAGGGCGAGCCGAAGAAGAAGGAGGCGAAGAAGCUCGACUCGAAGGAGCAGCAGGAAAGGUACGCUCUGGAGCGCCACGAGAAGGGUUGGUGUCGCCCGUGCAAGAAGUACUUCGCGAAGAAUGCGGAGUGCCCGGCAGUGAAGAAGAACCAGCCUUGUCUGUACUGUCACCAUGAAGACCAUCGCGACGACAUGCCUUCGCGCAUUCAGAGCCGACAGCCUUCGCCCGAGCGUGCGUCGCCUCCUGCGGAACCCCUAAAGAUGGAGGAGGCUCCGCCGCAAGACACAUCGGCUCCUCUCUUAGCGUCGCCGCCCCAUAGUCUCCACUCGCCCUCCAGUCUCUGCUCGCCGACUGCACAGGGAGCCAUGGGCGAACAGGGGAAUGCAGGCCCGGCCAUUUUGCGCCCCGGCGACCCCGCAACCCGAUUGGAGAACUUUGUGUUUGCGGACCCCGCACAGCAAAGAAAGCACGAGAAGGGACUUUGCUUGCCGUGCAAGUUCUACGUCUCCGGCCGGCAGUGCUACAAAGUCGAGCAGGGAUGUGUCUACUGCCAUCAUCCGUCUCAUCUCUCUCUCGCUGUGCAGGGACUGAGCCAGCACGCUGAUGGCACGGGGCUGCCGUGCCUGCAGAAGGUUCGAGAGCAGCACGAGCAGGGCGUGUGUCGCCCCUGUGUCCACCACUUCGUUCCAGGGCUGACUUGCGCGUGGGGCGUUCAGUGUCUCCUGUGCCACCAUCCGCAGCACGGAGACCGCUCGAGUCCCAGUUUCUACCUCAAGUGGGAACAUGACCGCAACGUGUGCCUGCCUUGUGCCAAGGCACAUGUCUCAGGCCACGGCGGCUGUCCAGAGAGCGACAACUGCGGCUACUGCCAUGACCCAGUCCACAGCGACCCCACAAGCGAGCUGCACUUUGCGCGCGUGCUUCACGCCCGAGGCGUCUGCCGGCCCUGCCAACAGUUCCUUCAGGGGACUUGCCCUCUCGAACAGCUUUGCUGUCCCUUCUGUCACAACCCGCAGCACUUGGGCGGCUUCGCGGCUGAGAAGGAGGGCGAGAGGGAGCGAGGUGCCGAGGGCGCGGGCCCGCCGGGGCGCGGGGCCGUCGUUCCGGUGUCCAAGAUUGGGCCAGCAGCCCCGCCCGGCCAUGCGCUGUUCAUGCGGCCUCCGGGGACGGACGGACGCACCGCUCCCGGCCUGCCCUUCCCGCCUCAACAACCUGCGGGCAACGUGCCCCUGUCUCACCCGGGGCUCCCCGGGCCCCCAAUGGGUCACCCGCCACCACUGGCGCACCCCGCCGGAGUCGGCGCUGCGGGAAUGUUCCCUGGGCCUCCGCAUCAUCCGGUGCGGCCGGCCUUCGUGUACGGAGGCGUGCCGCCGCCCUCAGGAACGGCCGUCGCCGGCUCGCCGUUCCCCGGCCAGCCGCCGAUGUUCGCUGGCGCCGGCGCAGGCGCGGCGCUCCCUGGGAACCCAACGAAGCCGCAGAAGGAGGAGAGAGAAGGCGCUGGGGAGGCCGGACCGGGCGAAGGCGUGAAGGAGUCGUUGGGCCUCCCGGUCGGCGUGAUUGCUGCGCCUCCCGUGCUGGGGGGCGCGCCGAAGGAGGAGGAACAAGGCGCGAAGGAAGAGGAGGAACUGGAUCCCGUGGCCGCAGCAGCGGCAGCCUACGCAAAGGAACAAGAGGCACGACAGGUGCUCCUUCAGAACCAGUCAGUGAUGCAGACCCCGCAAAGCAUGACCGGACCGUCGCCUCCUGGGGGAUCUCCGUGGGGCGUGCCUUACAUGCAGCCGCCGCCUCCUGGCGCAGCGCCCUGGGGCGCUCCAGGGGCGCCGCACCCGCCUUCGGGGUCGAUGCCAGCGGGUACCCCACAGGGGCCUCACCCCAUCGGCGUGGGUCCCCCGCCGCCAGGCCCGCCGGGCACAGCAGCGCGCCCCUCGCACCUUCUGCCCACGCCUCCAGGGGCGCCUGGGGUUCCACCCCCCGGCUCCCGCCAGCAAGCCCAGAUGGGCCCACCGCUGGCGAUGGGAGGAGAUAGGGCGAUGCCUUCGAUGCCCGGAGCGCCCCCUCCAGGCGCCGCACCACCGGCGCCCAUGUACGGUAUGGCGCCCGCCAUGGGGCGCCCCCCUGCCCCCGCGCAAGCCCCAGGGAGCUUCUGUGGACCCAUUGGGUCUCCAGCGGGGAUCCGGCCUCCGCAAGGUCCUCCAGGAGCAGUGGGGACAGGCGGGCCUCCAGGUUACAUGGGCUCCGAGAGCAGCUUCGGCGUGUCUCACCUUGCGCCUGGUCAGCGGCCGGCUCCGCCGCACCCGCACGGAUCGCCGGCUCCCUUCGCUUCCCCUUCGGCCCAGAAACCUUCGCCACCGCCCUUGAUGGGCUGGGGUGCCCAGCCGCUAGUGGCCUCGCAGCCACCGCCUCCUGGGGGGCAUCUGACCCCUCAGGGCGAUGCCGGGCAGGGCGUGGGCCUGGCGGGCCCGCCUCCAGGGAUGUCCCCGGCGAUGGGGACGGGGGCGCCGCCGCCGCCUCCUCCGCCUCCAAGUGGAAGCCCCAGCGAUGGCUUCGGAGACAGCUCGGCACAGGCUUCGGGUUCUUCUUUCCAGGCCUCGCUGGCCGCGAAGAACCCUGCGGCGGCAGCAAUGUUGGAAGCUGCGCAGCAAGCGGCUCAGGCCGCAGCCUCAAAGAUCGGCUCGUCCAACUCCUCGCCGCCUCCGCCUCCCUCUCAGUCGUUCCUUAACCAAAGCAGUCGCGUUCCGGGCAUGUCCCCGGCGGCGGCUGCGGCGGCCGCGGCUGCAGCGGCCCUAGCGGCCGCUGCCAUGGCUGCAAAGAAGAAGGGCGAGGAGGCCCAGAAGGUGCGAGACAUGGAGCAGCCCCAGGGAUCCAAGCCGUCGCAGGCGAUGGCGGGCCUUCCCGCAGGCCACGCUACUAUGGGGACGCCCCUGCCGUCGCCCUUCGGCUUCUCCGUUGGAAGCCGGAGCGGCGGGUUGGCUUCGGUCGUGGAAGCGGCUAAGGCGGCAGUCGCCCAGAAGGCCCUUCUCGCGGCCAGGGAGGCCCAAGAGGCACCUACCGCCGCGCCAGAUAACCCACAGAACCUCCCUGCCGGUGUGCUGGCUGCUGCGGAAGCCGCCAAGGCUGCAGCGGCGGCCAUCAGCGCCUCGCUGGCCGGCGUCGGAGGUUUCACAGGGUAAACCUGAGGGCCAGAGAGGCGCGCGAAAAACAGGCAAAGUGUGGGCUGUAACUGCGUGAGGCCCAAGUGGCAACGUACCCGACGCUAGGUCAGCACAGUGUCUGGGCGUGUCGUCAGAUGUAACAGUCGCUGCAUGUGGGAGAGAAGGCACGGCUCAGGGAUCAGGACAACUUUUGCCUCAAACGUCUCCCCCUCUUCUGCAAGUCGGUGUAUAGACGGCCGCCACAUUCGCGAGGCCCAAAAGCCCUGCUUCGGUUCGUUCUUCUGAUAUUCCCAGCGCCGCCUUUCUUUGUCGGUCCCCUCGCGUUUCGUGCUUUCUUUGCCCUUGCAAGGUGGAGAACCUAGAACCGGGCGCUCCACGACAUGCACCUUUGGGGAUCCCGGUUCCACAUGUGCGUGCAUGAUGCUACAGCGUGCCACCAGGGGGGAAGUCUAGACCGCACAUAGGGAAUGUAGAUGAGUUCAGCAAGAGUUCACCCGGUGACAGCAAAGCGUUUUUGCGUUGUUGGCUGCCAUAAAGAGCUAUACACUCGAGGGUAUGUGUGGCCGGGAGUCUUUCCCAUUUCAGGCAUGUAGACGUGCAAGAAGUAUACAGAAAGACUUAGAACUGUUACUUCACCUCAUGCGUCUAUAUGUUUACAAUUUCACGGGUUCCUUCGCGGCGCCGUUAACCUAUGUUUUUCAGCGUUUUUGCAUGCCGUUUCAACCUAGGCGGAGCUCAUGUCUGUCAGUGUCCACAUUACAGCAGACAAGAGCUGCUAUUCGUGCUUUUGUUGCCUCAUCUGCCGUUUCUAGUGCGUUGCGCCUCGGUCUCGUCGCUUCCGUCCACAUGCUAUCUGGAGGGGAAUGAGGAGCAUGCCUCAAAAACACGUUUCUAUCCUUGUACCUCAAGUUAUAGACAGUCGAAUGAUCCGCGAGGAAACGGACCCGUCCACACACACUCCCGGAACCAGAAGACACGGGAAAUCCGUACGUACACGUGCCCAUAAAUCCGUAUCAAUUUAAAUGUAACGCUCGAUGCUCCUUCACGAAUAUAUCAUUAAGAGCGUCGUUGUAAACAGGAAACGUUUAUGCAUCUGUAACGAAUAGACAAGGCGGUCGCGUGUUUCCAACGUGCGUUUAAAACGAGCACUCACUACCAUGCAGGCGCUGCACUUGCUCAAAGUGUGCACAGCCGGCUUCUGCAGCUGGCGGAGCAGAAACGGUUCCAUCCGACACCUCCGAAAUAGUUCAAGACAACAGCGUGACCAAAGACAUGAUCUGAUAAAGGCAUAUAUGAGCACGCUGGAUGAAUUAGUAGAGCCCCAUUCCAAAUUAGGACUUCUCGAGCUCCCAAGUCCAUCAGACACACAGAAGACGUGAAAGCCGCGCGGAAUGGAUUCCGUUUCUUUAGGUUCUCCGUGGUUCCCUUCAUUUCGAGAUGCCAAACAACGCAACUACCGCUUUAGCUGGAGUCCUGUUGUCGGCUUCUUGAAACCGUAGCUCAUCACUGGAUUGCUGCGGCAGGGCUUCAAGUUGCGGCUCACAGAUGCCAACCCCUCGCAGCUCUCCUGUUUUGUUCUGUGAUUAAAAUCAGGGGCAAAUGAACGGUUUUAGCAGUUUAUGUGCACCAGACGGGUCCCCAAGAAAAUUGCGGAAGUCGCUGCCGCUUCCCUACUUUGUAAACGGCGUAUGCAGUAUCCG